AUGAACGGCGUUCGGCGCUUUCUGGGCGGUAUAACACCACCGGCAUCCGCCACAUCCUCUGACGACUACCUCGACUCUGAUGCCCUGCCCAUGCCUCAACCCUCCACACCGGGUCUUACUAUUCGCAGCAAGCCAAAGUCGCCAUCAUCUGAUUAUAGUCUGGGGAGCCCCAUUGGAAGCUUGAACGGCGGAGGGAGCGUUAAUGGAGGCAGCAGUAAUGGGCUUGGCUUGAAGCUCAACGGCGCGACGGCUAAUGGGAACAGCCAUCUCGCGUUGUCAAGCCCAGGAGCGGGACCCUCGCGUUCACGGACACCGGCGCAGACACGGGAUGCGCUGUUGAUGAGCUUGCUCGCGAGCGAAGCUGUCGUCGACGCGCGGGAUUAUGCUGUCUUAGACGCCGAGGAACUGGACGAACUCAAGAAGGAGCGCGACCUCCUCCAACCCCGCCUAGCAGCCGCCCAACGAACAUUGGCCCGCGAGACCAAGAUGCUAGCAGCAGCCCAAAACCUCUCGCGCCUCAACGCCUCAACAACCGGCCAACUACCACUAACAUCCGGAACAACACUCUCUGCCGCCGAAGCACGCGUCGACGCGGCGCAGCGCGCGCUCUGGAAAUUGAAGGAGGCCGCGGGCGAUCUCGGUGUCAGGAUUGUACAGCAUCAGGCGGCUGUACUGGGAGCGACUGUUCGCGAGCUUGAGGCUGCGGCUAAUCCCGAUGCGUUGGAUGCUGCUGGGCUUGGACUUCAUCUGGGGGGAGCGGCGAGUCCGCUGAUGAGCCCGAGUAGUAACGCGAGCAGUAAUGCCCAACUGCGAUUCGACGGCCCACAUCUCUUCGCCGGACAUGAAAAGGCCGUUGCGCCCAAAGCGCCACGCAAGGGACCUAGCGCGCAAGAACUCGCGGCGCUGGAGUCUGCAGCAGCAGAAUUGACACAAACGCGCGAGGAGAUGCGAUUGAUCGUGGACGAGCUGAAUCGCGCACGAGAUGAUCUUGCAGCGAUCGAGGAGGAGAGGGCGAGUUGGGAGGAAGAGCGCGCGGCGGUGUUGAGGGAGCGGGACGAGUGGGAGGAUCAGCGGGUGGCGUGGGACGAUGAGAGGGCUCAAUGGGAUGAUGAGCGCGCGAGAGUUGAUGAGGAGUUGGCGGCGCGGGAUGAAGAGCGCGCGAGAAUCGACGAGGAGAGGGCGGCGUGGGAGGAUGAACGAACGAAGUUAGAGGAGGAACGAUCGCAGUUGUUGACUCGUUCGGGCGACGCAGCGCAGGAUCAGGCCGCUUGGGAUGCUGAGAGAGCGAAGUUCGCAGCCGAGCGUGCCGCAUGGGAGGCAGAGAAACAGGGAUGGUCGGGAGAGCGGCAAGCGUUAGAGGCCGCUGCUGGAGAAGCCUCGAGUGGCGCUGCUGCCGCAGUCGCACUUGAACUGGCGGAAGAGCGACGUCUACGGGCAGAGGAGAAAGCGGCUAUGGAGAAGGAGCGCGCGGAGUGGGAAGCCCGGCGGGGUACACUCGAAGAGCAGGUGGCAGAACUGACCAUCGAGCGCGCGAGCUGGUCUCAAGAACGUGACGCGCUUGAGGGCGGCCGCGAGGCAUGGGAGCUGGAGCGCGAACAGCUGCUUGAUGCACACGCAGCGGAACUCGACGAUGCGCGCGCGGCGCUUCGCAAUAUCAUCGACACGCACAAGGUACCGCUGUUCGCGCGCGACAACUCAAUUGCGGCUUACGCCGAUGCUCUCGAUCGCCACAUUGCGUCAGGUACUGGCGCAAGCCCAGAGGAGGUCAAGGAAUGGGAGGCCAAGUUGGCAACAGAGGCUGAGAAGAGCGCGGUGCUUGCGGCUGAGCUGGAGGCGGCACGCACGGAGCUCAAGGGGCUCGAAGCCAAGCUUGAGGAAGGCGUACCAUCCACACCGACCGAAGUCCGCCCCGACCAACCUCUCUCCUUCGCGACAGACGCCGAGCGCAUCGUCGCAAUCCUCCAGCCGCUCUGGGCGAUGCUGCCCUCGGCCGAGACCCGCGCAGCGAAACUCGGCCCGCGCUUCCGUGCCGGCACAAGCACACCGACAUCGCCGCGCGUGGGUGGUGCUGCGAAAGGCCACCCAGGCAGCCCGAGCAUCUCGGACGCCGACGUGCGCACGCUGAAGGGCCUCUACUCGCCGCGCGCAGGUACGGCAGGUGCCGACGAAGGCAGUCCCGGCAACUUCAGCGUCGAAGCGCUUGCCUCGCGCGUCCGCGCACUCGUCACGGACGACCGCGCUCUGAUCGAGCGUCUCUUGCGUUUUGCGCAGGCGCACGAUAUGCUCCGGAAGAACGCCGACCGCGCACAGAAGCUCGCGCAGGACUCCGGCUCGGCACUCGGAGUGUACCAAGGGCAGGUCAAGGUGCUCGAGACGCGCGAGGGCGAAUAUAAAGCGGCGAUUGCGAGGUUGGAGCAGGAACUCAGCGAAUCGGAAGCUGCCAUCGAGAAGCUGCGCGAGGUCGAGACGAAUGCGGGCGAGCAGGCUAGUACUGUCGCGGAGCUCACGGAGGCGAACGCCGCGCUGAGCGCGCGUGUUCUCGCGCUCGCACAAGAAGCUGCAGAUGCACAACGAGAACGGGAUGAUCUCCGCGGUGCGGGAGAGACGCAACAGAGCCAGCAGUUCGCGUUGCUCGAUGAGCUCAAUGCUGUACAGACCGAGAACGGCAAGCUGCGUGCGCAGCUACGUGCACUCGGCAAGCUGUAG